GUUUAUUGUUUUUAACAAAUGUUUUCUUUUGUUUAUCAAUGUUUGAGUUGUGGUUUUGUAGUUUAGAUCGUGUAGAUUAUAAAAUUAAAAUCAUUGAAUGGGGACUAAAUCUGCAUAGAGGACCUGUCCCAUCCAACAGCCUGUUGAUGUUUUCUCCAAAAAAUCUGUAGCCUUCAAAUUUUGACACCAACACCCUCUUUGCUAAAUUCUUUACUUAGUGAAGUCAAUAUAAAUAUAAAUCAAUCUCUCCAUCUUAGCUAGCCAGUUUGUACUUCUCCUUCUGAAGCUGUAGUUGUCCCUAGUUCAUCUUUUGCUCAAAUGGGAAGUAAUGAAAAGAUGACUACUUCAACUCUGAUUUGUGCUCCAUUAAUGGCUGAGUCUGUGGAGCAAAUGGUUAAAGAUAUGUACGAGGCAAAAGCUCAAGGUGCUGAUGUAGUUGAGGUCAGGUUGGAUCACAUCAACAACUUCAAGCCACAGCAGGAGCUUGAAAUCAUCCUAAAAAAAAAACCAUUGCCAGUGAUCAUUGUUUAUAGGCCCAAAUGGGCAGGUGGUCAGUAUGAAGGAGAUGACAACAAUCGGCUGGAGGCGCUUUAUUUAGCUAGUGAUCUGGGAGCUGAUUAUAUUGAUUUGGAGCUUAAGGUUGCUUCUGAUCAAAUGAUGAUCCAGAAGUUGAACGGUAGCUGCAUCACGAAAGUUAUUGUAUCACAUCAUGUAAAUGGUGGGGUUCCUUCUGACGGAGAGCUUAGGGAGCUUGUUAAAAGCAUGAAAGAUACUGGAGCAGAUAUGAUCAAACUCAUUGCCAAUGCUAGCGAUAUUACAGAACUAGCAAGAAUGUUUCAGUUGCUUUCUUAUUCUCAGGUGCCGACCAUUGCAUACUCUGAAGGGGAAAGAGGUCUGAUAAGCCAGAUUUUAUGCCCAAAAUUUGGUGGUGCUUUGAUCUAUGCAUCUAUUGAUGGAAAUUCAGUUCCAGGUCUACCUACUCUUGACAGCCUCAGGCAUGCUUACAAACUGGAAUAUGUGAAUUCAGAUGUUAAAGUUUUUGGGCUCAUUUCUAAACCAGUUGGUCAUAGUAAAGGACCUGUAUUGCACAAUCCUACUUUCAGACAUGCUAACUUCAAUGGGAUUUAUGUCCCAAUGUUUGUUGAUGAUCUCAAGAAGUUUUUUAGUGUCUAUCCAAGCCCUGAAUUUGCUGGUUUUAGUGUUGGGUUUCCAUACAAGGAAGCUGUCGUUGAGUUCUGCGAUGAAGUCCAUCCACUAGCACAGGCCAUAGGUGCAGUCAAUACUAUUAUAAGGAGGCCGAGUGAUGGAAAGCUGAUAGGUUAUAAUACAGAUUGUGAAGCUGCAAUAACAGCAAUUGAGGAUUCAUUAAAAGAACAAAGAUGCAUUGAUGGUAAAGCAGCUUUCAGUACUCUACUUUCUGGGAGACUCUUUGUAGUAGUUGGUGCUGGAGGCGCAGGCAGGGCAUUGGCAUUUGGUGCCAAAAGCAGAGGAGCUCGAAUAGUCAUUUUCGACGUUGAUGUUGAGAGAGCAACGUCUCUUGCUACUGCUGUCUCUGGUGAAGCUUGCCGCUAUGAAGAACUAGUUAAUUUCCAGCCAGAGAAAGGGGCAAUCCUUGCAAAUGCAACACCAGUAGGAAUGCAUCCAAAUACAGAUCGAAUUCCCGUUUCUGAGGCAACCUUGGGGGACUAUGAGGUGGUAUUUGAUGCUGUUUACAUACCGAGAAAAACCAGACUAUUAAAGGAUGCAGAAGCUGCAGGAGCAAUCACAGUGAGUGGGGUUGAAAUGUUCCUCAAACAGGCUAUUGGCCAGUUCAAGCUCUUCACUGGCAAAGAAGCACCCAAAGAAUUCAUGCGGGAGAUUGUUUUAUCGAAGUUCUGAAUGUGUCGUUCGGUAGCUCAGAAAUAUUGCAUAAUUCUUCGUCCUUCUUUUUCUCAAGUAGCAUAAUAAUUGAUUGAAUAUCAACAAUAAGUAUUGAAAUUGAUUGAGAUGUUCAAGAAUCAACUAUAAAUCGCAAA